UCUUUUCUAUGUAUAGCUAUUAUAUAUGAGUGUGAAACUGAAGCGAAAAUAUAAAACACGGAAUUGUUUUGGUGAAAAGCGAAACUUUGAUGAGGAGGGGAAAAAUUAUAUUUUCACUGCAGUUUUGUUGUUGGAAUAUUUGAAUUACUUAUUGUGUAACCAGAUGUCCUCUCUUUCUUAAUUUAUUUUAGUCGUGGUCACUUUUCCUUAACCUCACUUAAACUACGAAGCCAUCAUGUUAACCCUCAGGUCAGGCCUAAUCGAACUGACCAAUGAUCAAGUGUUUUCCAGCUGUGACCAUCUCCGUCUUUCCCCUGUGGACAGCGAAUCCAAGAUCACAAUAUCUAAUGUGUCCUUUAAAAAAAAAAAAUGCUGGUGAUAUUCUGAUUUGAGAGAAAUUUGGCUACUAUUACCAGCAGGCGAGACGAUCAUAUUCUUUCACUAUAGAGAGCACACAAUGACAGUGCAUGCUGUAAUGGUGCAACAUUGUACAUAAUGUGUAGCAAUAAUACAACAAUAACAGAAAUAUGGUGAAGGAAAUUUAAACAACAUAAAUGUGAGAGACCCUGAUGAAUUCCUCAGGGUUGUUGUUGUUUAACCUAGCUCAGCCCCUAUCCAGCAGGCUUAUGGUGAAAGGUGUUCUGGCUGCAGUGACAAUCUUUUUUUUCCUUCAGGCAUAAAGAAUCGUAGACUUGUUGUUUGGGAAAGAAAUUUGGUUUCUAUUUUAGUAGGUCAAGUAUCUCUAUAAAUUCUCCUUCCUCCAUUAGCUUGUUUAAUGAUUGUUUCUUACCUUUGGAUUCAUUGGUGUUAUGAAGAUGAGAGAUAAGUUUUCUCUUGAAUAAGUUUUCCAUUGAGAUUUGUGAUUAAAUUAACGAGUAAGGUUAAUAUCUAUAAUGAAUUUGCCAUUUUUGAUGGGUGUACAGUGCACACCCAACACACCUGGAAUAUACACCCCUGAGUCACACGAAACCUGACACUUAUUCUUAGAGCUAGAUUAAGUUUUUAUAGGUCCCUUAGGCUACAAAUACUAUGAAGCCUCUAUAUUUUCAAAAAAUUUUCACUUAAUUUCUGGAAGUCCUCUAGCUGGUAGUCGUUUUUGGGUCACAGCUCCUAAAUCCCAUAGCUUAACCCAUUAAUAUUUAAACUGGCCAUAUCUGAUCAAAAUAUUCUACCUGAUCUCUCGCACCUACCCUACAAUUUUAUUCUAAAAAAUAAUCAAUCACAUCCAGUGAAUUCCUAAAGCCACAAGAAUCUCCAAAAUGCUGAAAUUUUUGUUGAUUAUCAAUAAAGCCGGCCGCCUUCGUCUUUCUCAUUACUUUGAGCAUCACUUACAAGAGGAUAGAUCUGCCAUGGAACGAGACAUUGUACGGCACUGUUUAGCUUCUGACGAUAAACAGUGUACAUUCUGGGAAUAUCGAGAUUUUGUGGUAGUUUAUCGAAAAUAUGUGAAUCUGUACCUAGUGGCUGCCGUUACCAGUGAUGAGAAUGAACUGGCAAUAUAUGAGCUGAUGCAUAAUCUACUGGAAACCUUGAAUGUGUACUUUGACAAAGUUUCAGAGCUGGAUAUUAUCUACAACAUCGACCGUGUCCAUGUGAUUAUCCAAGAAAUGUUCAACACCGGCUACGUCAUGGAAACAUCCAAAAACAAAGCACUGACAUCUCUUCGGCUACUCGACACUGUGAAGCGAUGACAACAGCAACAGACAACAAUGAAGACAAAACAAUGACAAUACCAAAACAAAACCAUGUGGUACAAACUGAAUGUCUCAGAGACCAAAUCCAAUGAAGACCUAAUCCUUCAAAGACCAAAUUCUUCAAAGACUGAAUCACUCAAAGCUUUAAUCCAUGGGAGACCAGAGACUAAACCCUUUUGUUACCAUAUUUCUGCUGAAAUAUGCUGCCUUUGCUUCAAUUAAUUCUUAAACUAAUGAAGAAUUUGUCAAAAGAACUUUGUCAUUUUUAAGCUGGUGUUUGGAACAUACAGUUAUAUGAAAUUUCGAUGGAAGGUUUUAAGUUUGAUCACUUUAUAACUUCAAGGUUUAUCACAAAACCAGAUGCGGUCUCAAGGGGUUAAUAUCAAACGGGUUAAUAACUCAGAGAUUCAGUUCCUGAAAGACCAAAUUCCUUAAUAUUUGGUUUGUC